AUAACACGAUACUGCUGUAACGAAACGCGGCCUGUAACACUUAGUCAGUCGUUGUAAGCCGCUGUGAGCAGUUGCUUGCUCGUUCGAGAGUGAUAGGUAAUACUCAAGAUGUUUUUGUUCACUUGCAGCCGGAAGGCUGUGGUUAUAUCGUCGCUAGCCGGUUUGGCAGUUCUUGGGACCACAAUUUUCGUUAUAAUGUCCAUACUCAAAUAUAAAGAUCUCAUUCAUGGUGUGUCGUCUCGAGCGUUUCGAGUCGGGGCAGUAGCGUCCAAUGGGUACGAGUGUGCCGCCAUCGGAGCGGACAUUCUUCGUCAGAAUGGGUCGGCAGCGGACGCUGCGAUCGCUAUGAUGGUUUGCGAGGAGGUGGCAUGUCCGGAGAGUGCCGGUAUCGGUGGGGGCUUCCUGCUGACGUUCUAUCGGCGCGAGACGGGUUCUGUUGAAGUGCUGGAUGCUCGGGAGAUUGCCGCUCAAGCUGCACGGGAGGGAAUGUUUGUGGACAAUGGGAGCGCGACGGCACACGGCGGUUUGGCAAUUGCCACCCCCGGAGCGCUGAAAGGGUAUUGGGUGCUUCAUCAGCGGUACGGCAGACUGCCGUGGCGAAGGCUCUUUGAGCCAUCAAUUGAUUUGUGCUAUAAAGGACACAUUGUGAAUCCGUAUAUGGCCGAUUCAUUACUAGAGAAGCGGGAUGAUAUUCUGAACACUCCCUCUCUGAAAGAGGUGUUUGUGAAUCCUGCCACUGGAGAUAUAUGGAAGGAGGGCGAUCACCUUAAACGGCCUGAUUUCGCGAAAACACUCGAAAUCAUAGCCGAGGAAGGGUCCGAUGCAUUGUAUUCGUCGAAAGGUAGCCUUCUUCCCAAGUUGAUGCAGGAUUUGAAACAGUUCGGAAGUAUUAUAGAAGAUAGCGAUUUUUACAGUUACGAACCCCGCUGGUUAUCACCGGUUUCAACAAAAGUGCGAGGCGAAAACACUGUUUACAGUGCCGCCCUGCCAGGCGGCGGAACUAUUUUGGUACACAUGUUGAACAUUCUUAACGGUUUCAAAGAACAUGAUCUGAGUGAUUCCAAAACAUGGCAUCGGAUAGUGGAAACCUUCAAACACGCCUACGGGAUCCGUACAAGACUCGGAGAUCCGUCGUUCGUUCAAGGGAUUGAGGCGAUCAUUCAGAACUUAACGAGCACUGAUUAUGCGGACUACAUAAGAAGCAAAAUUGAUGACUCUCGUACAUACACGGAUUACAAAUUCUAUGGUGCUGAUUUCACAACGCCUGAUGACCGUGGAACGGCGCACGUAUCAGUGCUGGCGCCAAACGGGGACGCCGUAGGCGUCACAAGCACAAUCAACGAUUAUUUCGGCGCAUUACUACGCUCUCCCCAGACAGGAAUCAUUCUCAACGGAGAGAUGGACGAUUUCUCCACCCCCGGUGUCAUAAACAUCUACGGAGUGCCGGCAUCUCCCGCGAAUUACAUCGCCCCCGGAAAACGCCCCCUAUCAUCGAUGUCCCCUACGAUCGUGGUCGACAAAGAGGGAGACGUUCAGCUCAUUGCAGGGGGCGCAGGAGGUACAAGAAUCACAACCGGCACGCUCCAGGUGGUGCUACGGAAGAUACUGCUUGGUCAGGAUUUGCAAACGGCGAUCAGUGGUCCUCGGGUACAUCAUCAGUUGGCUCCAAUGGAGAUCGAGGUUGAGCCGGGGCUGGAUAAGACCAUCGUUGAGCAGUUGACUGGGAGAGGACAUGCUACGAGGGCAGUGCGGAGGGUUGCCACGAUGACCGCUGUUGCGCGAGAGAGCGAUGGCACGAUGACGGCGGCUUUCGAUCCCAGACGGCCGGGGAGCGUUGAGAUUGUUAAUGUUUAGAUUAAUUUAUGGUACAGGAAAACAACUCAGGAUUUUCACUAUUUGGCCAAACUGAACUGAAUUGAUUUUUUCCCAAAAAUGAUAAUAUUGUAUUGUUGUACAAAAUAUAAGUGAGCAUUAACAGAUUUAGUGAUUACUAAGUCAAAUUAAAUGUACUUAAACAAUGAUAGUAGCAUAUUUAUCAA